AUGAAGUUCUCUCCGAGCUGCCGCCUGCUCCUGCUGCCGGUGGCCGCGGCUCUGGCCCUGCUGGCCCUGCAGUCCCAGCACUCGGUGCCCGCUCCCAGCGCCACCUCCGCGCCCCCCGUGCCCAGCCCCACCCCGCACGCCAACACCACGCUGGCCCCGCGGCCACCUCGGCCACCUCGGCACCCGCUGCAGCCUCCGUACCCGUACCCGUACCGCUUCCUGCUCAACCACCCCGACAAGUGCCAACCCCGGGCCCCGUUCCUGGUGCUGCUGGUGGUCACAUCCCCGGCCGACCUGGCCGCCCGCGACGCCGUGCGCCGCACGUGGGGCAACGAGAGCGCCGUGGCCGGGCUCAGCGUGGUGCGGCUCUUCCUGCUGGGGCUGCACCCCGUGUUCAGCGCCGAGCUGAGCCCCGUGCUGCGGGAGGAGGACGAGCUGCACGGAGACCUCAUCCAGCAGGAUUUCCUCGACACCUACAACAACCUGACGCUGAAAACGCUGAUGGGGCUGGAGUGGGUGAGCCGCUUCUGCCCCAACGCCACCUACGUGGUGAAGGCCGACCACGACGUCUUCCUCAACCUGGAGUUUCUGUCGCGGCUGCUGCGGCCGGUCAAGAUGGAUUUCAUGACGGGUUACGUGUACCGGAACACCGGGCCGCUGCGGAACCGAGCCUACAAGUGGUUCGUGCCGCCGGAGGUGUACCCCAACAACACGUACCCCCCGUACUGCGGCGGGCCCGCCUACGUGCUCUCGGGGGACCUGGCGCUGCGCGUGUUCUCCGUGGCGCAGGUGCUGCCCGUGAUCAACAUGGAGGACGCGUUCGUGGGCAUUUGCCUGCACGCCCUGGGCGUUCCCGUCACCAACCCUCCGCCCGGCACCUUCGCCAUGUACCGGCUGGACUACGACAAGUGCCGCUUCUCCAGGCUCGUCAUGGUGCACCACUACGGGCCCGAGGACCUGCUGCAGGUGUGGCCGCAUUUCCGGAACGAGUCCAUCAGGUGUGCUUAGGGCAGGGACACGCUGGGGUUUGUCCCCUUGUACUGACUGUCACCGGGAUCUGCCGGUGCCACCGGGAUCUUGAUGUUACCGGGACCCCCUGACUGUGCCUGGGGGUGUCCCAGACUGUGCCUGGUCCCGGUUCUGGAGCAGCCGAACCUCAGGGUUCUCCCCCUGUGGACGUUCCCGUCCCUCUGAGCCAUCGGAUCUGGAGCUGCUGCUCCAUCCGUUCGUUUCCCUGAGCUGUGGUUUGGUUUUUACGGAUUGAUCUGGGCCGGGAUCUGCCAGGAUCUGGGAUUUGUCGCGUUAAUUUAUAUUUAAUGUUUGUAAUAAAAAGGGCUGGAGCCUCGUCUGUG